GUUCUGGACGUUUUUACGUCAAUGUAGCGGAUCAAUGACUAAAGAGAACUGUGAGGUUGUGUUACCCUAAACAUGUCUCUUUCCCCCCCGGGCUGUAUGCUCCAUAUGACCCGGGAUGGGACUCUCCCCGCAGCGUAAAUCAGCGAUUUAGUUUACUGCAGCGUCGCAGCUGGAGCGGUAAAACAAACAGAGGCGUUCGGGCUGUUUAUUUAUUCAAGAGAAGAUGGCGGAGUUCUCGCCCGUCCUGCCGAUGCGGGAUGGAGGAGGACGAUUUGCCCAACCCAUCUUCCCUCGGUCCAGGUCCGGUUCCGAGUCAGAAAGUGAACUGUCCCAGAGUCUGGCCCGGACCAAGAUCCGCUCGUACGGAAGCACAGCCAGCGUCACGGCCUCCCUGGGGGAGAAAUACAUAGAGCAUCGGGUUACAGACAGCGAUACUCUGCAGGGGAUUGCUCUCAAAUACGGUGUCACGAUGGAGCAAAUCAAGAGAGCCAAUAAGCUGUUCAGCAAUGACUGCAUCUUCUUGAGGAACAGCCUCAACAUCCCAGUGGUGUCAGAGAAGCGCUUCAUAUUUAAUGGACUGUCUCUCGAGUCUCCUGAUGGGGAUGGUGAGGCAGCAAGUCAGGAGGCAGAGGCACCUUGCAUUAUCACACAAGAUAUUGAGGGACCCUCACCGCCCCCUUCCCCACCCCGCGAGGACUCCAAACCUCCCCAGCCUCAGCCUCAGCCUGAGGAGCUGUCAGCCAAAGACUUCUUACACAGACUGGACUUGCAAAUUAAACAGUCAAAACAGGCUGCGCGCAGGCUGAAAGAAGAGGAAGUGAGGAGCAAUGAGGAGAAUUACACGGCCCCCACGACGUCAUACCAGGAGAUCUGAAGAGCAGUCUGUUUACCCAAAGUCUCAGACACACUUGCCCAUGCACACACCACCACGACCUUGUUGCUUUUUUCUUUUACCUUUUCAUGUUUACCAAACCAUGUUCAACAAGUGUCAUGUUUGCCUUUUAUUUGCAGUUAUUAUGAUGCAUAUUACAAGCCUGUUUCCAAGAGAGUUGCAGUGCUGUGUAGAAUGUAUGUGUAUAAACCAAAUGCAACAAUAUAAAACUCAUGUUUAAUUGAGAACAGGACACAGACAAAACUUUUUGCUCCAGUAGAUGCUCAGUGUGAUUCAUGCCAAGAACUGAUUCAUGAUGGAACUGCUAACAGCUAUCCAUCCAUCCUUUUUCCUUUCACUUACGCAGUUCAGGGUCACAAGGGGGUGGAGCCUAUCCUAGCUGUCAUAGGGCAAAAGGCAGCACACACUCUGGAGAGGUUGCCAGCCUAUCACAGGGCAAACACAGAGAGACAGGCAACCAUUCACACUCACACCUACGGGAGGAAGCUGGAGGACCAUCUUGCUGUGAGUGCUAACCACUGCGCAGCUGUGCUGGCCUGCUAACAACUUAUUACAUUAAAUGGGAACAGGACCCCAGUGUGUCUUUCAGAAGUGAAUAUGUGGAGCUUUUCACCACUCUGUCACUCAUAUCUAUGGAAGCUUGUUUCUGCUGAUGGAAGAAAAAAAAAAGUUGCCAUCCAUAAGUCAAAAUUUCAGGGUAUUAUUUUAAAAAAUUUGGGCAGCAUUGUGCAGCAGCAGUGGUUAGCGCUGUUGCCUUACAGCAAGAAGGUCCUCGUUUUUAAUUCACCAUCUGGCUGGGGCCUGUGUGGAGUUUUGUUUGUUCUCCUCAUGUCUGCGUGGGUACUCUCCGGGUACUCCAGCUUCCUCUUGCAGUCCACAGACAUGCAGUUAGUGGGGUUAGGUUAAUCUGUGAUUCAAAGUUCCCCAUAGGUGUGACUGUAAGUGCGAAUGGUUGUCUGCCUCUCUAGGCUCUAGCCCCCCUGUGACCCCGAAAUCGAUAAGCAGAAGAAAAUAGAUGGAUGGAGAAAUUUCAAUGGAAACAAGCUUCCUAUUUAUCCGCUGCCAUGUAUCUUUUUUGGGGAAGGCCUAAGCAAAGACAAUACCAGACCACAUUCUGCACAUAUUCCCAACAGCAUAGCUCUGGAGAGUCUGGGUGCUAAACACCCACUGAAAGCUUGUGACACAUUACAAAUCAAAAUCUCUCAAAGGACGCUCCAAACUGUUAAGGAGGUGAUACAACACACUGAGAGACCUUCGCCUGACUCAGCUUUUUAACAUGUUGCUGGCAGCAAAUUUAAAAUGAGCAUAUAUUUAUUUAUUUAUUUAUUUUUCAUUUGCAUUUUACACAGCACACCACCUUCUUUUGGAAGCGGGGUUAAAUUAUUUUUGUAGUUUCACUGGGUAGCUGCAUCUACAGGAGUAUCUAAGCAUCCACGUAUAUUCUUGCAAAGCUGCUGUACAGAACCCACCUGCUGAAUAUAUUCUCUCACACACACACACACACACACACACACACACACACACACACACACACACACACACACACACACACACACACACACACACACAGGGCGCUACGCAAUGCCAGAAGGAUUAGCUUGUUAGACUUGCUAACCGCUUCUGAUGUUCUAAAUCUCCUCCUAGAACAGGAUCAUCGGAAAGUAUAUUCAGGCCUUCCUCAUCAGUGUUUACUCGGUACGAGCUCACCCCAAACGGAGGCGGCGGAUGGACUCAUGCCUUUGAAUGCCGUUCCAUUUGCCCUGUUUGGGAGCAAAAGGGACUGCUCUUAUUAUUUUAUUUUGUGAGUGUGACUAUAUUAUUUAUGUGUGGAGAACUGUCUGUAACAGUUUUAUUGUGCUUUUAAAUUCUGUUGGUUUUAUUUGGAAAUAAUAAAUGGAUAUUUAAGCCAGA